UCAUUUGACCGUUAAAAACACGGUUAUAUUGAUGAUGAACUUUCUCACCCACCCCCUAUAUAUAAUAAACUCAAGAAAUCAUUCCAACAUAGCUAAAACAUAACAAGAAUUUUUGUUCACUAUUGCAUAGUUCUAGAUUUAUUUAUUUUUAUUUUAUUUAUUUUUUAUUUUUUUGUUUUUUCUUCACAUGUCUCCAAUUAGCCAUGAUGACUUGCACAGAAUUUUCAAGAACUUAGACAAAAACAACAAAGGCAUAGUAAACGUCGAAGAGCUACACCUUCUCCUCGAGAAAAUCGGUGUCCGCACAACUUCCGAAGAGCUCGAAAAGUUCGUGGGAAAAACGAGCCUCGAUUACAUUGAGUUCUUCUUCUUCUACGAGGCAAUGGUCAAGGCCAAGAUUGCGGAGAAGGAAUCCGACGAAGAUUCCUCGGACGAUCUCUCCAAGGCCUUUAAGGUGUUCGAUUUGAACGGCGACGGAUACAUUACGUGCGACGAGCUGCAGAGCGUGCUCUCGAGAUUAGGGUUGUGGGAGAAACGGAGCGGACAAGAUUGCAAGGACAUGAUCCGCGUGUACGACGAGAAUUUGGACGGUGUGCUCGAUUUUGAAGAGUUCAAGAAUAUGAUGUCGGCUUCUUCUAAUUCCGAGAACAUUUGAUAUAAAAUGAUAUAGCUAUAUAUAUAUGUAUAUAUAUUGCUACUUCAUUUUUAUUUUUUUUUACGAGAUUGAUUUUUAUCGUUUUGCUAUUGACUUUCGUUUUCGUAAGAUAUUAUAGGAUCUAUAUUUUGCAUGAUUCUAUUCUCUGGAGAGAUGUAUUUUGAUGAUUUGAUCAUGUUUUCUUGUUUUUCAAUUUUAUUUAUUUAUUUCUUUCU